AUGGCGUUCACUAAAGUGCCAUCGUCUCACUCUUUUCGAAUCUGUUUUCCAAAGGUAACUCCUUCUUUUAUUGCUAAACGUAAUUUUUCUAUUUCCCCUAAGAAAAUGUCGCAAAAUGUUUAUAGAACGAAUACCGGCUGUCCCAUUUUCAACCCAACGGCUAGUGCCCGUAUAGGAAAGGGCGGCCCCGUGUUGCUUCAAGAUUUCCACUUAAUUGAUAUGUUCCAACACUUCGAUCGUGAACGUAUUCCCGAACGUGUUGUCCAUGCCAAGGGUUCCGGUGCCCAUGGUGUCUUUGAAUGUACCAAGGAUAUCACAAAGUACACCAAGCAUACAAUGUUCUCUGAGGUUGGCAAGAAGACCCCCAUGUUGGCCCGUUUCUCUACUGUAGGUGGUGAACGUGGUACUCCUGACAGCGCUCGUGAUCCUCGUGGUUUUGCUCUUAAAUUUUACACCGAAGACGGAAUUUUCGAUAUGGUCGGUAACAACACUCCCACUUUUUUCAUUCGUGACCCUGCUAAAUUCCCCGUGUUCAUCCAUACCCAAAAGAGAAACCCUCAAACUGACAUGAAGGAUGCCACCAUGUUUUGGGAUUACCUAUCUCAAAAUGAAGAAUCGAUUCAUCAAGUCAUGAUUCUCUUUUCCGAUCGUGGUGGUACACCUUAUGGUUACCGUUUUAUGAACGGUUUCUCUAGCCAUACAUACAAGUUUGUUAACGAGAAGGGUGAUUUCCAUUACUGCAAAUGGCAUUUCGUCUCCGACCAAGGUGCCAAGGGAUUAAGUGAUGAACAAGCUAAGAGUUUGGACGGAUCUAAUCCUGAUCAUGCUCGUAAAGACCUUUUUGAUGCAAUUGAGCGUGGUGACUAUCCUAGCUGGACCCUUUAUGUGCAAGUGAUGACUCCCGAGGAAGCCGAGAAGUAUAGAUAUAACAUCUUUGAUCUUACCAAGGUAUGGCCACACAAGGACGUUCCUAUGCAAGAAGUAGGCCGUUUUACUUUGAACCAAAACCCAAAGAACUUCUUUGCCGAAAUUGAACAAGCAGCUUUCUCUCCUUCUCACAUGGUUCCCGGUAUAGAAGUUUCUGCCGAUCCCGUUUUGCAAGUCCGUACAUUCAGUUAUCCCGACACUCAUCGCCAUCGCUUGGGUGCCAACUUUGAGCAAAUUCCCGUCAACAGCCCUAAGUGCCCCGUCUUUAACUAUUCUCGUGACGGACCCAUGAAUGUAACUGACAACCAAGGCAGUAUGCCCAACUAUCCUUCAUCAUUACAACCCUUGGCCAAGGAGCAUCAUGAGCCAAACGAAAAACAUGAAAAGUGGGUUGGCCAAGUCACAUACCACAUGGAUGAGAUUACUGAUCUUGAUUUUGAGCAACCUAGAGCUUUCUGGGAAAGAGUUUUAGGAAAACAACCUGGACAGCAGGACAACUUUGUCAAAAACGUUGCUGGCCAUCUCUCUGGUGCUCUCCCUGAAAUUCGUGAGCGCCAAUACAAGGUGUUCAGCCGCGUCCACACUGACUUGGGCCAACGCAUUCGUGAGGCUACUGAAAAAGUCGCGAAAGAAAUGGCUGAAAACGAAUCUGCACCCAUAAACAUAGCUGAACCUCACAUGUUCCAAACCAACUAG